UGCAAUGGAAUCCGCCCCAGAUGUGGGCUUUGUGAGCGAUUGGGGUUUGAAUGCACCUACGAAACCCCAAAUUCAUUCGCCAACCUCAUUGUUGGCAAAGACGUGAUAGCAACGAUGGAAUCUCGUAUGCAAGCACUCGAGAAAAAUCUUCAGCUCAUCAAUAAUCACCUCGACACCACCGCAAGGACUGACCCAUGUGCCACAUUCAUCUCGCCUCACAGCGCCGCCUCUCCCGAGGACGAUGCCCUGCCUCCACCUGGCACAGUUAUUGUCAAUGUUCAGCAUCAGGAGUCAGAUGAGCAUAUUGAAACCGGCGAAACAGACGGUAUGGCAAUAUCGCUUGUAGCUGAGAGAGAUCAUGGUUACUUUGGCCCAUCAUCCAAUAUCUGUCUCAUGCAUGUCAUUUUCCGUGCCAUGGCCCGACUCAAUUACUCAUCUCAUGCAGAAACCCAGUCGCCCUCUAACAGGAUCCAAGCAAGUGAUCCCAACACAGUCAAAAUUGCGAAGCCAAAUCCUCCGGCCACGGUCGCCAGAGAUGUGGCUCCAAGACAAGAAUUCAUUGGCUACAACUAUCUCCCCCCAGAGGCAGAGACAGAAAGGUUGAUCCAGAGUUACUUCUCUAAUACCGGAACCUUCUUUCCGUACAUCCACGCGCAAUCCUUUAUGGAAACGUAUCGGCAGAUGAAGCAACACGGAUUCCGCGUCACCAUCCGUCGAAGUUGGCUUGCCUUACUCAAUAUGAUUCUGGCCAUGGCAACGGCAUGUGAGCAGGGUCAGCACAGCGCGGAAACACAGCCAACAGCUAAAUCAGAUGUCUACUUUGAGCGUGCGCAAGCUUUGUGCAGGGAACAGAUAUUCCACAGCACAACACUUGAAACGGUUCAGUUUUUGCUCUUGACGACUCAAUAUCUCCAAGGGACCCAGAAGGCAAAUCAGACCUGGAUAAACCAUGGACUAGCCGUGAAUGCAGCACUUUCAAUCGGCUUGCACUCCAGCGAAGCCUCGGCUCACUUGCCCCAGAUUGAAAGAGAAAUGAGAACCCGCACGUGGUAUGGAUGUGUGGUGCUGGACCGAAGUUUAAGUAUGACAUACGGUCGACCCAGUUCCAUACCCGAAUACUACGUGAAGCUCGAUCUGCCAGUCUUGGUAGCCGGAGACCAGUGUGGAAGCAGGGGUAUAGCAUUUUAUAAUUCAACCAUAACACUUUACAAAAUCGUAGGAAGAAUCAUGGGAGACCUCUACGGCCAUAAUCUGCGCUGCGAUGAACUCUCAGACGUGGAAAUGGUGACCCGUAUCUUCCAACUACAACACGAGCUUAACGAUUGGCCCCGUUCACUCCCUUCGGAGCUAUCUCUAAUCACGUCAUCGCUGAUAGCCGAAAAUCCAUUCGAGGAGUCACCUAUGCAGAGGUUUCGCAUUAUUUUAACGCUUCGAUACUUGAACGCGCAGCUACUACUACAGCGUCCACCUCUUAGCAAGCUAUUGCAAGCUGCAAACGAUCAGGCACAGCGGCUGAACCCAGUCGAUCAAGUGCAGGAGAAGCUCGUGGAAGAAUGCGCCCAAUGUGCAGAAGAGAUCAUUUCAAUCAUCCACGCAACCUUGGCUAUUAAAGACCAAGGGAGGAGCCUACUUGGGGCAUGGUGGUUCACCAUCUACUACAUAUUCAACGCCGGUCUGAUUAUAUUUGCAAGCCUGGUACCAUUGAGCAAGACUGAGACCAAACUCGACACCUCCAACCCAAUGUGGAGAGGAAAGCAGUGUCUAAGUAAGGCUAUCGAAGCGCUCACUCGGAUUGACGGGGACAGCAUGCUUGUCGAUAGAUGCGUUAAGUAUCUUCAACAAUUGCUACGUCUGACCGAUGAUUGGUUGAUAUCUGCAGGGGAUGGAAACGCGGCCUGGCCUGGUUCACAAGGAAUGGCUCUGACAGAAAUCAACAGUUCCGAAGUAGUGGACUUGGACUUUCUUAUGAAUAUGCCUCUGAUGCAAAGCAUUGAUGAUUUUGGAAACGACA